CAAAAGAAAAAAAAAAAAAAAGGAAUCUCAAAACUUCUUUUCCAAGACAGAAAAAAACCCCAAAGGGUGAGCAAAUCUGGAACUCAAGUCCUUUCCCCACCUUAAGAGUUCCCUCUGAGAGCAUCGAAGACAUGGCUGGAACACUGUGCCUCCCUUCCCUUAACCUUCAGACUUAAUGGUUUUGAGACCUCUUGGGCAAAACUCAACCAGGGCUAACAAAUAAGGCUGGAUUGAGAACCCCGGGAGGGAGGAUGGAGGGAUGGGGAUGGGCUUUGAGAAACACCAGGCAAAAAAGAAUGCAACUCUCAAUUGUUCAUGCAUGACAGUGAGCUAAAGUGCCUUGCCAAUGACCCCUUCUUGUUUGAGAGUCUCCCUUUAACAUUCUUUCCCAAAACCUGUGAUCUGUCCCUUUCCGCCAUCCCCAGGAUUCCCAGCAAGGGUAGAGAUCUGAGGAGGAAUUUAAUCUCUCACCUUUGAACCCCAGGCCUGGCAGCUCACAUGGAUAACAACUGUCUCCCAACAUUGGCCCAGGGACGUGUCUUUCCCUAAACAAACCAACCUCUCCUCACGUCCCCCACUCUGUACUUUCACUGACUAUGCGUUGGCAGAUUCUGCCAAGUUCUACCUGUAACUGGCUUCAUUUUCAAGUCAGACAUUUGGCUGCUGCUCUGUCCCCUGCAACAAGGAGCCAUGCCAGCUGGACUCACACUUCUUCCAGGGCCUCUGGCAGCCAGGACAGAGUUGAGACCACAGCUGUUGAGACCCUGAGCCCUGAGUCUGUAUUGCUCAAGAAGGGCCUUCCCCAGCAAUGACCUCCUCAUUGCUUCUGGCAUUUCUCCUCCUGGCUCCAACCACAGUGGCCACUCCCAGAGCUGGCGGUCAGUGUCCAGCAUGUGGGGGGCCCACCUUGGAACUGGAGAGCCAGCGGGAGCUGCUUCUUGAUCUGGCCAAGAGAAGCAUCUUGGACAAGCUGCACCUCACCCAGCGCCCAACACUGAACCGCCCUGUGUCCAGAGCUGCUUUGAGGACUGCACUGCAGCACCUCCACGGGGUCCCACAGGGGGCACUUCUGGAGGACAACAGGGAACAGGAAUGUGAAAUCAUCAGCUUUGCCGAGACAGGCCUCUCCACCAUCAACCAGACUCGUCUUGAUUUUCAUUUCUCCUCUGAUAGAACUGCUGGUGACAGGGAGGUCCAGCAGGCCAGUCUCAUGUUCUUUGUGCAGCUCCCUUCCAAUACCACUUGGACCUUGAAAGUGAGAGUCCUUGUGCUGGGUCCACAUAAUACCAACCUCACCUUGGCUACUCAGUACCUGCUGGAGGUGGAUGCCAGUGGCUGGCAUCAACUCCUCCUAGGGCCUGAAGCUCAAGCUGCCUGCAGCCAGGGGCACCUGACCCUGGAGCUGGUACUUGAAGGCCAGGUAGCCCAGAGCUCAGUCAUCCUGGGUGGAGCUGCCCAUAGGCCUUUUGUGGCAGCCCGGGUGAGAGUUGGGGGCAAACACCGGAUUCACCGACGAGGCAUCGACUGCCAAGGAGGGUCCAGGAUGUGCUGUCGACAAGAGUUUUUUGUGGACUUCCGUGAGAUUGGCUGGCACGACUGGAUCAUCCAGCCUGAGGGCUACGCCAUGAACUUCUGCAUAGGGCAGUGCCCACUACACAUAGCAGGCAUGCCUGGUAUUGCUGCCUCCUUUCACACUGCAGUGCUCAAUCUUCUCAAGGCCAACACAGCUGCAGGCACCACUGGAGGGGGCUCAUGCUGUGUACCCACGGCCCGGCGCCCCCUGUCUCUGCUCUAUUAUGACAGGGACAGCAACAUUGUCAAGACUGACAUACCUGACAUGGUAGUAGAGGCCUGUGGGUGCAGUUAGUCUAUGUGUGGUAUGGGCAGCCCAAGGUUGCAUGGGAAAACACGCCCCUACAGAAGUACACUUCCUUGAGAGGAGGGAAUGACCUCAUUCUCUGUCCAGAAUGUGGACUCCCUCUUCCUGAGCAUCUUAUGGAAAUUACCCCACCUUUGACUGAAGAAACCUUCAUCUAAAGCAAGUCACUGUGCCAUCUUCCUGACCACUACCCUCUUUCCUAGGGCAUAGUCCCUCCUGCUAGUCCAUCCUGCUAGCCCCACUCCAGGGACUCAGCCCCAUCUCCGACCAUGAGCAAUGCCAUCUGGUUCCCAGGCAAAGACACCCUUAGCUCACCUUUAAUAGACCCCAUAACCCACUAUGCCUUCCUGUCCUUUCUACUCGAUGGUCCCCACUCCAAGAUGAGUUGACACAGCCCCUUCCCCCGAUUUUUGUGGAUCUCCAGAGAGGCGCUUCUUUGGAUUCACCAAAGUUUAGAUCACUGCUGCCCAAAAUAGAGGCUUACCUGCCCCCCUCUUUGUUGUGAGCCCCUUUCCUUCUUAGUUGUCCAGGUGAACUGCUAAAGCUCUCUUUGCAUACCUUCAUCCAUUUUUUGUCCUUCUCUGCCUUUCUCUAUGCCCUUAAGGGCUGACUCGCCUGAGCUCUGUCACCUGAGCUCCCCUGCCCUCUGGCUUCCUGCUGAGGUCAGGGCAUUUCUUAUCCCUGUUCCCUCUCUGUCUAGGUGCCAUGGUUCUGUGUAACUGUGGCUAUUCUGUGUCCCUACACUACCUGGCUACCCGCUUCCAUGGCCCCAGCUCUGCCUACAUUCUGAUAUAACUGCUUCAACACUAGGGGGUCCUAAAGGCUUUCUAUCUUGCUAGUCCCUGGGGCCUCAACAUCUCAUACUGGUUCCCUUAACUCUGCCUAUACCUCUGUAAAUAAUUCCUUCACUAAGUUCUCUUGAUGAAGCAAAAACAGACAGCUGAAAGGUCCUCUAUCUCCUACAAGGGCCCUAACUGGCACCCCAGAUGACACAGAGCCUGCCUGCUUGUGCUGUAGUCUGCCUACUCUGCUGUCUCGUCACAUGGUCUCCUCAGAACUGAACUAUUGUAUCCGUCUCACACUUUAUGCCUCUUCUUUCUUAGGCACCCCUGUCCCUCCAUCCUUCCAGAACCAUCUUUGAGGUCUCAUGGCUAACAAAAAACCUAGGCUUUACCUGUUCCCUCUGUAAUCCCUCCAAAAGAUGAGACAGAUCUAUGCUUGGUCAUCCAGUAAACUGACCAGCUGUGGGCAUGCAAGUGUGGGAGGCAGAGGCACGCUCAGAGCUGGCUGCCAGGACCUCUGACUUGCCUUCCUUUCACCCGCCCCCAGUGCUCCACCCAGGAGUCCUGCCUGGAAGCUGGAAUGGGCAAGGGCUGCUAGAGUGGGACAGGGAGAAGAGGAAGGCCUGGAUGAGGAGAGGGUGGCAUUUGCUCUGAGACUGGGUCCUUUUUAGACCUUUGCCCUUCCUCCCCCACAUCUCCUCCGUUUGGCUGGACAGUCCUGAACCACGAGGUCGAUAUUGUCUGCAGCCCAAGGCCGAGUUUGCGCAAAACCCAUGUGUUCUUUGGUAAACGUGAUGUCUGUGUUUGCUCAGUUUAUGACCCCCUCCUAUGAGGGUAAGAGGUCCCUGAAAUAGGAACCCUAGAGGAGAAAGUCUGAAAAGGACUGCCUGGGGGACUGUAAAUCUGAGCUUGAGGGCUUCCUGAGCAACCCAUGGAAGUUAUCCCACCUUUGACUUGAGGAGACCUUCAUCUAAGGAGAAUCUAAGGAGGCCUUCUGUUGUCUCCCCCACACAUCCCCGACCCCCAGAUCUAACCUCCUUCCCAACUACAGCUUAGUCCCCAGGGCUAGGACUGGGGUAAAGCAAAGUGAGUCAUUCACCUGGGGGGGCUAAAUUUUAAGGGGGUGGUGAACAAUUUAUUAAUCAAGAUAGGACUUUAAUGCAAUAUUAUUUUAAAGUCAAAAUUAAUGCAAAAAAUCCAUGAUGAACAAAAUAGCCUACUUUUAAAUAAAAACAGGAUCAGCAUUA